CCCUCAGCACUCACUGGGAAAGCUCAGCUCAGCGCCAGUGCAGGCAAAUAAAGUUAAAAGUUGCGUUAUUGCAAGUUCCCGCACUUUGUCGAUUCUUACCCCCAUUUGUUUCUGGUUAUCCUGAGAAUCCCGGAGGAAACCGUGUGGGAUUGUGCAAUUCCAACACGAGCCGAGAGACGCCAUCAACGAACAGUGUCGCGGGGUUAGCAUUGUAAAGUUUGAGUGUGUUCCCAACUUCCAGGCUGCAGCAGCCCCUCACUGUUCAAGGGCCUCACUGGCUGAAGCAUGUUCAGCAGUUAGUUCUAUCUCGAGAGCUAAAACCAGCAUGUGAUGUGGCAUGGCCUCGAAGAUUCUACACAAGUUUAGAAGGAAGGUUAAGAAACACAACACAACUGAGGAAACGGUGGAAGAUUUUCCUGAAAGAUCAGAGCUCGAUGAUGACACAGAGGGAUUGUCAGCACGCCUGAGUGGGACACUGAGUUUUGGAGAUGUCGAUGUGACAGAUGAGGAGUAUACCCAAGCAGAUGCAGCGAACAGUGACUCUGACUUUUUACAAAGUUUUGAAAGUGGUGAGAUGGAAUGCACAGAGAGCCUCUGGGGCGAGGCGAAGCACUGCAACAUGCUUACUAGACAGCUUCAGGAAAGUUGGAAGAAAUCUAAAGGGAACCACAUCGUAGAAAAACUGAUUUUUGAAGUCACUAGUGCCAAUGUAGUUCAGGACACGUCCUCCAAAUAUGUGGCCUAUACCAUACAUGUUAUAAAAUCAGGCAGCUUCGAUGGCAACAAGGCAUUGAUUGUUCGACGUUACACUGAUUUCGCAAAACUGAAUGAGAAACUCCAUAAACAUUUCAAGGAGGAGAUGAGCAACGUAGUAUUUCCAAAGAAGAUCAUCAGGAAAAACUUUACACACGAAACCAUAGCCAAACGCAGCCGAGCGUUUGAGCAAUAUCUCCAGCACAUACACUCAAUCACAGACAUUCGCAGGUCCAAAGUAUUCCUGGAGUUCUUUUAUCUGCGAGAUUUAAAAGCUGGUCAGGGGUUAUUGCGGGGUGGGAUGUGUGAGGACGCUAUGGAGACACUGAUCAAUGCUCUUCACUUGCAACAGAAGCUGGGGUCCUGGGACACUGAGCACUUACUUUUCACUCAAGCUUCUAUUUCACUUUGUUACCAAGAACUGGAUCACUUGGAAGAAGCCCAGGCCUACUGUGAGCAGGCCUUACAGACAGUAGACAACCAGGAGAAUCAUCCACUUCUGGUACCUUUACUUCAUUCCAACAUCAGAUUAUCCUGGAAAAUAGCAAAGGACAAACGUCAGUCAGAAGCCAAACUCCAGCAACUCCAAGAAUCAGGGUUAGAUACUUUAAAUCAACCUAGCCUUAAAGAAUAUCUUAUUAGAGAUUUUUAGAUUAAAUUAAACACAGCUUGAUGCUACAUGAGGGUUAGAGGGAGACCACUGUAGGUACAUUUCAGUUGUUUCAUUAAAAUUGUUUUUUUUAUAUCUGCAAGAAUUUUAAAACACACCAAAGUUUAGUCAAAGAAUCUCCAUUUUUUGGGUAAUGUAUGCAGCUUUUUUCAUCUUUCCUAAAUCAGAAAACAAAGGUUAUGACACCUAAAACAUAACGUUGUAAAAUAAAACAUUUUAUAUUUAGAUCUGUCUAGAAGGAAGAUUUGCUGGAGACUCACCUGAUCAUAUUGUGAUCUCAAUCUUAUUCUUUCUUGUUUCGAAGAGCAUACUUUGUAUUGCACCCAGCCUUAUGUGGAUAUAGGCAUGAUGGCGAUAUUCAUUAGGAGGUGAAAAUCACAUUAAGGUUACAAUACUGGGUGAAUUGCUGAUUUAAUAGCUUCAGUAUUAUUGCAAGAUUGGUCUUUGGAGUUGUUCAGUAACAUGCGUUGAAUUUCUUUAAUAAUAAAUAUAAAGGUCGCAGUC